CGCCGAGCUGCUGCGGGAGGAGAGGAGAGAGAGAGAGAGAGAGAGAGAGAGAGAGGGGGACGGGGAGCUCAACUUGAACAGGUUUUCACUCCACGGUGUCGGUGGAAAUACUAAUAAAUAAAAGUUUAAACGGAACCUCGGCACCAUGGACGGGGGCACCGGCGCGAGAGAGCGCGACAGCCGCCCCGCCGUGACGGUACAGUAGUCCGCGACAGCGGGGGGGGGCUCAAGCAGUGCGUCGUCUAUCUUUAGCCGCGGCGUCGGACGUCCGCGAAGCUUUUCAAGCGAGCGCGCGGCUGUUCUCUACACGUGAGCCUGGGCGGCUAGGGGGGGGGGACAAAAGAACACGCGAAGCGGGGCUUCGGGGGGUCGGAAGUUCGUCCCGUCCGUCGGCGGAGGAGCGCGGAUGAGUCACAUGCCUCCGACGACCCGCCGCACCGGGAGAGCCGCUGGUUUCCGCAGGAUCCCGCCGUCCUCCGGCUGAGCUGGGGAUAAGUACACCAUCAACAACAACAACAACAACAACAACAACAACAACAUGUAUGCCGGGAGGAAGAGGAGGAAACCGGCGCAGAAGGGGGUCAAACCGACCCCUGCUGAAGGCGCCAAGUCCAACCCGUCCAAACGCCACCGUGACCGCCUGAACUCGGAGCUGGACCGGCUCGCCGGCCUGCUCCCCUUCGCGGAAGACGUCAUCUCAAGCCUGGAUAAGCUGUCUAUCCUGAGGCUCAGCGUCAGCUUCCUGCGCACCAAGAACUUCUUCUCAGUGGCGCUGAAGAACCAGCUGUCCAAUGGCAAGGGCAAGAGCAGCGAUCGAAGCGGCGACGGCAAGAUGGCGGCGUCUGCGGACCGGCCCGUACCUGAGGGGGAGCUGCUGCUGCAGGCCCUGAACGGCUUUGUCCUCGUGGUGACGGCAGAGGGAACCAUCUUCUUCUGCUCCCACACCAUCCAGGAUUACCUUGGAUUCCAUCAGACUGAUGUGAUGCAUCAGAGUGUGUUUGAGCUGAUCCACACUGAAGACCAGCAGGAGUUCAGGAGGAACCUACACUGGGCCCUCAACCCCCCUGCUGGCCCGGGACCCCCCACGGAUCCCACAACAGAUGGUGAGUCGUCGUCCUCUCCUUUCUUGGUGAGCUACAACCCUGACCAGCUUCCACCCGAGAACUCCUCUUUUCUGGAGAGAGGCUUCAUCUGCCGCUUCCGCUGCCUGCUGGACAACUCUUCUGGCUUCUUGGCGUUGAACAUCCAGGGUCGGUUGAAGUUCCUCCACGGUCAGAGCCAUCGGCUGUGUGACGACGAGGAUGGUGCGCCACAUCAGCUCGCUCUCUUCGCCAUCGCCACGCCCGUCCAGCCCCCAGCCAUCCUGGAAAUCAGAACAAGGAACAUGAUCUUCAGGACCAAGCACAAGCUUGAUUUCACACCCAUGGCCUGUGACGCAAAGGGUAAAAUAGUUCUUGGCUACACGGAGGCGGAGCUGAGAGUUCGAGGUUCAGGCUACCAGUUCAUCCACGCCGCCGACAUGCUGUACUGUGCCGAGAAUCACGUACGAAUGAUAAAGACAGGCGAGAGCGGCCUUACCGUCUUCAGGCUGCUCACCAAGGACAACCAGUGGAAGUGGGUCCAGGCUAACGCCCGGCUCGUCUACAAGAACGGAAAGCCAGACUACAUCAUUGCCACCCAGAGGCCUUUGGUGGAUGAGGAAGGAGGGGAACACCUGACCAAGCGAUCUAUGCACCUUCCUUUUACCUUCGCCACAGGAGAGGCGCUGCUAUACCAGACCGGGCAUCCGUUGCACGGCUUCCCGGAUUCCUUCCAGGGAAAAGCCAAAGGCAGCAAGUCCAAAAAGGGCAAACUGGACAAGAGCUCCGCGGACGACCUGGACCCGAAGUCCCUGCUGGGAGCACUGAUGAGUCAGGAUGAGUCCGUGUACGUCUGCCAACCGAACACAGAGCCUCAAAUGUCCCACCAGAGCAGCCUUAUUAGCGAGCAGCAAAGCGAGACCGGCGGUUUUAGCAGUUUAUUUGGUGCCGACAGCUGGCAUAUUGUAUCUAAUGGGGAGACGGGAAGAUGCAACAGUAAAACAUCCAGUUUUGACCCACUGCUGUCCACACUGGACUCCCUGUCUCUGGACGGUGACGAGACGUGCUCCAACAGUGAGCUCUUCAGCGCUCUGGAGAAUCUGGGCCUGAACGCCGAGGACUUGGAGCUCCUGCUGCUGGACGAGAGGAUGAUCCAGGUGGAGCUGGACACCAACCACAUCCCUACCCUCAGCGACCUUCUCACCAACAAUGAGAUCCUCUCCUACAUUCACGACUCCCUGGAGAGCGGCACCGACGGAGAGGAACAAGGGAACAGAGGUGGAUUUGGACUUUCAGGCCAUCCACCGAAUGCAGACUCGGUGCCGGGCGUCUCCCAGCCGGCAUGUUUGACCACUGUUGUCCCUCCGGCUCUUCCCAACAGCAGCAGGCAGCCCAUCGUCCAGCUGUCGCAAAAGAUGCAGCAGCACGUCCGUGCAAGUGAGCUGGUGAAAUCUCAACCGGGACAGAUCCAGUCCCAGCCUCGAGCUGCGGACACCAGCGUUUCACCUGGCAUUCCUAACAGUCACUUGACGGUCACGGCAGAGAACCUCCAUCACCCCAGCAGCCACGCCCAUCACCACCCACACACUGUACUCAAAGCCUCGCAGUUGAACAGUGAACACAAACACCUCCACUCACUUCUGGAAUUGAGUCAACAGUGGCAGCUCCACCAGGACCAGCACUCAGUCCACCACCAGCUGGAAAACAGCCAGAGGGCUUCAUCGCCUGGUUUCCAGAAUCAGCUUGAACUGGCGACGAGCAGAUCUUACGUCUUACACCCAAACGGACAUGCAGCCAUUCCACCAAACACGGAGGUCAACCACACGGGUUAUAGCAUCUCAAACGUGCCAUAUGCAGGCGGCACACUACUGAACGGUGUCACCAUGCCGGAUGUCUGUCACUACCAGAGGCCCUACCAGCUGCAGGGUCACCAGAAACACCAGCAGAUAUUGCAGCAGACUCAGAUUCCGCCGUCUUGUUUGCCGCCGUGUCCCAGCCAGAGCUCUGUGCUUGACCUCGAGCAGUUACUGGGCCUGUCGUCGCCGCAGCACAGCCUGCCGUCUUUAGAGGCCUACAGCAUCUUCAGCGGUGCAGAGGAUGCGGCUCAUAGCAAGAUGGAGAACGGCUGCCUCCUCAGUGCCUCCAACGCAGCGUACAUCAAGACUUGUCUGAUGCCCAAUGGAAAUGGAGUGGCGCAGGACGACCUCCCUGUCUCGUGCCCUGAGGGACUCGCCGCUCUGCAGGACCCGCAGAAAUCUGGAUUUUUCCUCUGAAGGGAAGAUGGAUGAGUAUCAGAUGAGGCUAAAAGAGAAGGUACAGGAGGAAAAAAUAGACAAGAGCAGAAACUAAACUGAAACGGUUAUAGGAUAGAAAAAGAAGAGGAUGGACUUUAUAUCAGUUUCUCUUGCCUAGCAUCUCUCUCGAUGUCUCAGGAUAACCUGAAGAUUGGUAUGAUGAGUUUUCGUAUUUUAAUAUUGCUGAGUUGUGGGCUCACUGGGAGUUUUGUUUCCAUGUUUGGACGAGAUUUGUUUUCAUUUACCACAAAUCAGACGACUCACGUGAACAUAAACCUGAUUGGAAGACAAAACUCAUCACCAUCUGAUCUGUACAUACACCGUAUAAUGUCCUGAAGAGAAAAUUACGGAAAAAAAGAGGAGACAAUGUAACUCUGGAAAAGUGUUGAUGCUCAAAUCACUUGGAAAAACUCGAUAAAGUCGAGCCAUGAUAUGCAAUCAACCAGUUAAAACAAUUUUAGUGCCAUUUGACAUGAUAGAAAGCAGAGUUUCCAGCACUGGACUAUUGAAAUAUACUCACUGGUACUCACUUUCAUAUUUACUAUUUCACAUUCCUGCUGACCAUUUCUUAAAGCACACUUUGCGUUUUAAUAAUUAUUUUCCUUCAGGUUUCCGAGGCUUCAAAAAAUAACUUUAUGUUUUAUGUUAAAUUGUAGUGUGCUUUAAAAAAUCACCUGCAGGUGCUGAAACAUGCAUAAACCACCAAACUGGAGAUUUUAAAUUCACAGUAAUUGUGUCCAUUUGUCAUCUAGAAGUAGUAGUAUGUACAGUAUGUCCCGGUGCUUUACUUUCAACAAAAACAGCAUUUCAUUCUUAUCGUUCAUAUUGUUGAGAUGAGAUUUAAACUAAUUGUAAAAAAAAAAAAAGGUUAAAAUCAGAAGAGGGAAAGCAGUUUAAAGUUUUAAUUUUUUAGUUUUUGAAUUGCUGCUGCUUUUUUGGCAACUUAACAUUUAUCCUAAUGCUGCAUUUUAGCCUGUUUGAGGUUUACAAAUGAUGUUGUGCACUAACAUGUAUGUGACAGACAUAAUCAGACAGGAUCUGAUUUGUCCCUCGGUGGCACAGAAAUCGAACAAAAUAGCAUUUUUUUGUUUUGUUUCCUGACCGGAGACAGUGUGAAAAUCUCCCGUUAAUGCCUUGUCCCGGCGGCUGCGGCCCCUGUCGGACUACCGCUUACUUUCUCCCGCAGUCAUGUCAUUACGUGCACACAGUAAUCUUUCAAGGACCUAAUUGUAAAUAAUAGACUACAAACUGAAGGGGAAAGAGGAAAUGCAUGAUAGUGUUUCUUGAGUUUUGUUUUCCUGUAAUCACGAAAAUUCUUAUCAUUCAAUGACUGAGAAAAUAGCUGCACUCAAAUGGAGGGAAGAUUAACAUUGAUAAAAAACAUUUUUAUAUCUGUUUUGUUCUUAUAAUUUUCAUAUAUCUUGGCCAUUAUGGGAAUGUGUGGAAAACCAUCAAGACUUAACAGCGUGUUACAGACAGAAAAGAUGCUUCAAUGGAAACACUGUGUGCUCUGAGAUAAAGAAAGAUGUCCACCAGGCUGCAGACGAGAUAUUUUUUUAACUUUUAUGAACCGUAAGGAAACUGAAACUGGGACAGACAACAAACACUGGUCUUUAGUAACAUUUUUGACUCCCACUGCCCUCAGUUGGAUAUGAAAACUGAUGUUGCCUUCAUGUCAUGUCAGAUUAACUUUAGAUAAUAGCUGGAAUUACUCUCUCUCGGAAAUUAUUGAUUUAUUAAUAAUUAACAUUAUUCCGUAAGGAUACUGCAAUGGUCACUGCAUAACAUUCAAACAACUUAACUGAGACAUUCUAACGUCCAACUGUGAACGUGUGCACACAAACGUCUCACCAGUUAUCUUGUGAGCCUCUUAUAUCAGAAUUCAGGACAACAAUUUGCUCACAUUAAAACCUUUUUUGUACCUAAAUUAAAUGCUCAUACUUUGUCAGAGCCAAAAAAAUCAAUUAAGGAGUUAGAAAAUAGUUUACAUUUACAAAAGGUUAUCGUUCUAUCGUUUCUGGCUGAUUUUUCACCUCAUAUUUUUACCAUAUGAAUUAGCUCAUUUUCUGAUAUGACAUGAAUGUUGUAUUACUCACAUCUAAAAGAAGGAGGGGCUUCACUCCCAGAAGCCGGAGUGCUGACGAGGGACUGGACAGCAUUUAGCACCGACUCAAAACCAAAUGAGAAACAUGUAAACACACGCGUGUCUGCAGUUGCUCCAUUGUUGAAUGUCUUAGGGUGAAACUGUAAGAGGUGUUUCAAAAACGAAAGCUUUUAUUUCACUACAGAAAUAGUGUUGUUGUUAUCGGUGGCUUCUCAACGACGAAAUGCAUUUAAAGAUAUUGCCUCCUGUUUGUUUUUCUUUCUUUAUUCGUUGCUUUUUUUGGUAAACUGGCUUUUAUUAUAAAAAAAACACAUUAUUUAAAACAAGCCGUGGGAUCAAAUGCUGUAUGACGGAAACAUUAUAAGGAGACAAUCAUUUUCCAGCCACUUAAAAGAAAAAGUGUGUGUGAGAUUGUGUGUGUGUGUGUGUUUGUGUGUAUGUAUAUGUAUAUACAGUAACUGUUUUCUAUCGAUGUUGUUUCAAGCACUACGUUUAACUCACCGCUCUUACAAACUCUCUCCCGCACUGGAAGUAGUCUUGUAGGGGAAAAAAAGCAUUUUACAACUCUGUGUGUUGUGUGAAUAUUGUUCCCGAGAGUCGCGUGUUUUAUCUUUAUGUCAUGUUUAAAGGCAGUUUGUCACUUUAGCUCAAAAGAAAAUGGUGCCAUAACGGUGAGCCCAGACUCACCUUUGAUCUUUAACUGAAGAAAACAGUAUAUUUCAAAACACGUGACGGGAGAAAAAUCUUUCUCCUGAAGUAUAUCUUUGAAAUCCACUUUGUCCACAGAUUACCUUUACAAAAAAGUGAAUUCAUUGCUUUAUAUUUAUGUUACUAGCCAUUUUGUCAGAGUUUAAAUUGAACUGAACUUUGAAACCAACUCUCCGGUAGUCGUUCAAUCUUUUUAAAAAGGCACACAGACUUUAUUUUGCUACUUUUCUCACUGAAAGUCGUAGUCGUAUGUAAGUGGAACUUUUAAAAUAAAAUAAAAAUAUGCAGUUUGUCUUUCGAGCCGUGUGUCGAAAUGUGCUCGUGGAUCCUGGAAAUAAAGGAUUUUGUGCAAACACC